UAAUAUAUACAUACUUCUUUAUAAAAAAAUUUAAUCUACAAGCAAGUUAUGAAUUUUGGAAUAGUUUUAUUUAUUCUUAUCCUAAAAUCUUGCGAAAGCAAUGGAGGACUUAAAAGCCAUGCUGAACUAAUUCGACAAGCUACUAAGGCAGAUAAAAAGAUAAUGGCUCUGGCAUUUAACAUCACAGGGUUUGCAAAUAAUAAUUUACAAUUUAAGAAAAAUUAUGAGAACUUAAAGAAUCCAUUAAUAGAGAAUUACACCAGUCUUCACAGCAAACUCAUUCAAAUUCGAGAGUUCACAUUUUAUAACAAAGAAAGGAUUGACUUAGAACAGAGCAUUGUGUUGGCACUUUUUAAUCAAAAGCUUUCUCUUUUAAAACAAUGCAAUAAAUUACAUCAGAUGCACCGAAAACUUUUGAUCUCAAAAUUAACAGAUUCUAAUUCAGCAAAACAUGAGACUUUAAAAAAGAUAGAAAAUGAUACUUGUGGAUCGAAUUUAGCAACGGCUGUAAAAUCAUCUCAUAUUAUUGCUAAUACUACACCGAUUACUUUGAAUUCUUCCACGAUUAUUGCCCAAGAUCAUUCAUUCAACGACUUCUAAAAAGAAAACAACAAUUGAAACAUUUUCCACAGAGUUUCCUCUUACCAUAAGUUUUGCAGAUAAAGAUGAUGCGACGACGCUAUCUGAAGUUUCUGAUUCGAAGGAGGAAUCGGUAAUUUUUAUUCUGUUAUUUUAUUCAGGAAAAUAUAUAACAAAUAUUAAAAUAAACUAC